AUGGCUCCUUCUUCUUCUUCUUCUUUCGAUGAUUCUCAGAUCAAAUACGAUGUGUUCAUCAGCUUCAAUGGCAAGGACACGAGACGUGGUUUUCGGAGUCAUCUGGUAAAGGAACUACGUCGGGAGAACAUCGGAGUAUAUGAAGAUGAGAAAAUGAACAGAGGAGAGGAAAUAUCAUCCUCGCUUCGAACAGCAAUUAAAGAAUCGCAAAUUUCAAUCGUCGUUUUCUCAAAAAACUAUGCCUCUUCAAGGUGGUGCUUGGAUGAGCUUGAAGAAAUAAUGGAGUGCAGGAAAGUGAACAAACAAAUUGUUUUACCCGUUUUCUACAACAUAGAUCCCUCACAUGUGCGGCAUCAGAGAGGCACUUAUGAAAAUGCAUUUGCUCGACAUGAAUUGAGCUUUCAGGGAAACAGCUUGAAGGUUCAGAAUUGGAGAUCAGCCUUGAAGAAUGCUGCUGACCUAUUUGGCUAUGAUUCGUCCCGUUACGGUACUGACUUUGAGCUCAUAGGUGAAAUCGUCAAAGAUGUUUUGUUAAGAGUGAAUGAUAUCUAUCCUAGUGAGUCAAAUGGCCUUGUUGGAAUUGAUCAACACCUUGAUCGUAUCAGAUCAUUUUUGGAAAUGGAGUCAAAAGAAGUUCAAAUCCUCGGAAUUUGUGGUAUGGGUGGCAUUGGUAAAACAACCAUUGCACAACUUGCAUUUGACAAAUUCUCUUCCCGCUAUGAAGGCUCUUACUUUUUAGACAAUGUGAGAGAAGAAUCACAAAAGCAUGGGCUGAAAUAUUUAGGAGAGAAACUUAUUUCUGAACUGCAAGAGGAAAAAUCCACUUUCAUCCGUAGAAGGCUUAUUGGACAAAGAAAAGUUUUAGUUGUGCUUGAUGAUGUGGAUACUCCAGCGCAACUACAGCAUCUAGUUACAGAAGGAUUUCAUUGGGGACCUGGUAGUAGAGUUAUUGUAACAAGCCGAAACAAGCAAACGCUAAUUGAUGGAGGAGUUCAUGCCAUACAUGAGAUCGAGAAAUUGGACUUUGAAGAAUCCCUUCAUCUUUUCAGCUUAAUUGCCUUCAAAAAUAGCCAUCCCAAAAAGGGAUAUGAAGAACUUUCAAAACAGGCAGCUGCUUAUGCCAAUGGCCUUCCUCUAGCUCUGAAAGUCUUGGGUUCGCAUCUUUAUUCUUGUGAUAGAGAAACAUGGAAAAGUACAUUGAGAAAACUUGAGAUGUAUACCCAUCCUCAAAUUCAAGAUGUGCUGAAAAUGAGUUUUGAAGGAUUAGAUGAUGUAGAAAGGGACGUAUUUCUUGACAUCGCUUUCUUUUUCAAAGGAGAAGAUAAAGAUUAUGUCAAGAGGCUACUUGAUGUCAAUAACCCUUUUGCUGCUCAUGGAAUAAAAGGACUUCUAGAUAAAGCUCUUAUAUCCAUUUCAAAUGACAAUGGAAUUGAUGCCAUUAAAGGCAUAGUGUUACAUGCUUCUCUCUUUAAAGAUGUACGGUUGAAUGUUGACGCCUUCAAAAAUAUGACUAAUCUCAGAGUCAUCAAGUUUUACCCUUCCUGGCAUGUGAGAUCUUGUAAUGUGCACCCUCCAAGUUUUUUGUCGUUCUCGGAUGAGCUAAGGUGCCUAGGGUGGCAUGGAUACCCAUACCCAUAUCCUGAGAAACUUGAUGGGCAUUCUAUGCCCAACAACCACGUUGGGAAACUUUGGAAACUAGUGCAGGGUUAUGUGAAUUCUAAGAGAAUGAGCCUUGGUAGCUCAAAACAAUCAACGGAGUUGCUUGAUCUCACGAAGGCACAGAAAACUGAAUGGGAGGAUAUGCGUUCUUGUCAAGUGUCAGGGUAUUUUUUGUCAUCAAAGGAAAUAUCAGAGUCGGAUUUAGUAACUUCAAAAUUCGAAAUACUGUGCUCAUCAUCAGUUCGGGGUCUCAGUGAGCUAAGAAGGAUCACACAUGGUGACUCAGGACUAGAGAUUCUUCCCGUAAAUGAGUUGUGUUGCCUGAGAUAUUUUGAAGAUCCUAGUCUUUCUGAUUGUAGACAAAUGAAUCAAGCUGCGCAUCCUAUUUGGCGCCUUACUUUAUUUAAGAGAACUAUUUAUGACUGGCUGAAGUGUCUUUUGGUGCUCAUCCCUUUGAUGAGCACCCUAAGCUCAUCAGAUUUGGAUCAUCCAUAUCUCAUGAAAUCUGGACCAAAACGAGAUAUGGAUAAUCCAGAUUUGAUAAGUUUAGGAUGCUUAUCAAGGUGA